AUGUUUUUUAUCGUCGUAUAUUGGUUGUUACCUUCGUACGUUGCGGCCAAAUAUAGUGUCGGAGUCAUUAGCACGGACCAAGUAAGGCCUCGAGAGUCGUAGAAAUGGGGGUUUCUGAGCUUUAAUUUGAAUUUAUUCCAGAAUUGGGUCUAUCUGGAUAGGUUUUGUUUCGUCUCCAACGAUGGUGUCCUCCAAUAUUUCUUCCAAUAUCCAGUUGUAAGUGUAAUAUAAUCCAAAAAAGAUGGUUUAGUCCCAUGAGAUUGAAUCGAUUUAUUUGUAUUUCGAUACAGAAGACCAAUGGAAAGCCGCUUACAAUUCCCAGAAGGUAACAUCCCUCCAUUCACAUUACUCUUUUAUUAGACUUGCAAAGAAAAAGAAGAUCUCCUUGAUCCCAGCAAUAAUCAGAUUGUCCAUUUGACAUCAGAUGCUCCCAAAUAUGAAGAUUCAAGUUGUAAGAAAGUAAAUAUAACUGGGGAAGAGUGGUACCAAUGUAUGGGGAAUCGCUCUUUUUAUUCACAACGACCGAGAUGGUGGUAUUUGGCAUUGGGAAACUGCGAUUCUACCAGUGGAUUGUACUUGGAGUACUCGAUUUUGAUGACAAAUGCAAACAUUACUAACCGAUGGUUUUAUCAUUUCUCUUUUGACGAGUUCUGUAAGUUUUUAGUCAUCAAAAACAUAUACAGUCUAUUGUAUUGAUGACAUUAUUUUAUAAUAUUUUUCAGACGCCCUGCCUCUUACAAUUGUUUUUAUGGUGCUGGAAUUGAUAAUCCUUGUAAUUUCGAUAACUUUUACUUGUAAGUCACUUACAAUCCCACUCCUUAACUUUAUUUAGAUAUCCUCAAGUCCCGGAACAUGUUACAUCCAACUUUCAAGAUGUUUUUACACGCUCUAAUAUUUGAUAUAAGUUGUGUAAUCGCCUUGUGGUUACAUUAUGAUCGAUAUGCAGAUGAUGGAAGAGGGUUUCCGUUACUUAAAUUUGUUGGAAUUAUGUUCAGACAGAUCUCUGUGGUUACUUUUAUCACUCUGUUAUUGUUGCUCGCUAAAGGAUAUACGAUCACAAGGAGGAAGAUUUCUUUUCUGAGUGUAAUGAAACUUCUUCUCUUCGUCGCGGCCUUCUUUCUGGGGCAUGUGACAAUGAUGUUAUGGGAGAUUUUGGUAAUUUUGUUAAUCUCGUCGUCAAUGUCUGGCUUUAGAUAUUUGACCCGGCCAAGGUCACAUACAUGUCCGAAUCGCUGCCUGCCUAUAUCCUCGCCGUUCUUCGUAUCUUAGCCUGGUUAUGGUAUAUCCGGUCAUCUUAUGUUACAGUGCGAAAGUACCCUUUAAAAAGGCUCUUCUAUAUGUCCUUGAGUGUCCUGAUGUCAUUUUAUUUUUGGUCCGCUCCCAUUACCUUGAUCAUUGCCAAUUUUGUAUUGGAUAAUUGGGUCAGGGAAGAAGUAAUGCUGGCGGUGGAAUCAGCUGUGAUGGUCUAUGGGUUCUGCACAUUUUUGGUAUGUGAUCACAAGCAUUCUUAUCAUGCACUUAGGUGUUAACCAAUCCAAUGCCCAACAAUAAGAACUUCCCUUAUCACGUGAGAACAAAUCAAAUAUCCCAAGACAAUUACCCCCAAAGUGUAUACGAGGUAAGAUCCGAUUUCUAGCUUUAUUUAUUACAACGACACAACCAAUAAUUACAAAAAACUUGUACAGGUACAAUACUCCUCGGGUGGAAUGGCAUCUGCUGAUUAA